GGAAAAGGGUUUGUUUGAAAUGAAUGUUUAGCGGGGGAGGGGGUAUCGGUCAUUUCCUCAAAGUUUAAAGGAAUUAGGGCUUCGUCAUUUGUUCGAUCAGAAUGAAGAACACGAAUGACUCACGAAGGCAGAUGAACAAUGGCGUGAGAAGAAAGCACGAAGCGGCGGCGCAGCAUCCGGGCCCUUUCUCGUCGCAGGUCACGAGGAGGAUCGAAGGAAGAAGAAGCUUGCAGGCGGCUAAUCUUGAUGUUGAUCGCAAAGAGGGAGGCGUCUGCGGGGUUCGACGAGGAAGACGGGGAGGAAGGGAGAAGCAGCGAGGCUGCUGUGGCCUCGGUGGGCGCAACGAGGAGCGAAACGGGGUGAGCGAUUCAAUGGUUUUGGAUCGAGGGUUCGGUGUGGCUAAGAGGUUGCAAAGGGAAGGAGGCCAGAAAGGGUCCGACGAGAAGUACGACGUCGCAGGUGGGGGAUUCGGUGGCGUUUGCUCGACAGAAGAAGAACAGAUGUGCGAGAGGUGGGGCUGUUGUCUCGAUGGUUCACCGAAGCACCACCACAGCCGGUGGUUCAUGACAGAGGACGAAGAAAUAGGCAGAAAAUCAAGGAAGAAAGGGGAAGAAAAGGAAGAGGAGAAAGUGGUGAAGAAGAUGACGAAUUCAGGAGUGUUUGUGGGUUUUGAUGUUUCAUUUGACAGCUUCAAUUAGGAAAGGAAACACGAUUCCUUUAUGGGUGAUUUAAUAUUUAUUUUGUGUGUAGUAUAAGCUGAAAGUUAGAAGCAACACCAUAAUUUAUUCUCUAUUAUGGUGUGCAAGCAAUCAAAGUUUUUGGACAUUUUCUCAUCAUACUUCAUGUACUUUGAGUUCAAGAUAGCAAGUUAUGUAUGUGCACUUUGUGUUAAUUUUGUAAGCAUUGUAUAAGUCAAUAAGUAUGUAUUUUGUAUAUGUAUUGAUGUAUUGGUUUAUUGGAGUAUAUAUAUUUGU